AUGCCUCCAGAGAAGAUAGAGAUCGAGCCAAAAAACAUCGAUGCUGCAGCAGGAGAGAUACUUGGUGUUUUGGAGGACACAAGCAAAGGAAAUCUGAUCUACUUCAAGGGCUGGUAUGGAUUUGGAGCAUCCGCGGUUCUCAAUCUGGUAGCCCAACGCCUGAAAUCAUCAACAAGACAGAACAAGUUUGAUAUAGUUAUCCAUGUGGAUUGCUCGGUAUGGAAAAGCAUGAGAGCCCUGCAAAAGGCAAUCGCGGAGGAGUUGGAGCUUCCGCAUUCAGUAAUGGCCAUCUUUGAUCGGUGUGAGGAGGAGGACGACUUCAGUGGGAUAGAUGAAGGCUCCAGAGGGGUGAUAGCAGAUAUCAGAAGGGAAAUCUUCAGAAAACUUGUUAACAGUAUAUUUGUGGUAGUUUUUCACAACGGGAGCAGAAGGUACAUUGAUUUGUAUGAUUGUGGUGUCCCAAUAACAACAUUUUUGAGUAACAUGAUGUUGUGGACCUGGCACGGGAGGUUUCGGGUCGAUCUCGAUCGAAUACUAGAAGAUGGGGAAAAGGGAAAGAUGAAGAGUCAGACAGAUGUUCUCUUAUAUGCUUCUCCGCAACUUGAAGAUGAGGAAAUACGAGAUCUACUGCAUGAAGAGGCUUUGGAGGUUGCCAGGUGUGCGGGCAUUGUUAAGCCCGAUGAUAUAAGCCACAAGAUAGUCACGGAGUGCCUCAUAUACAUGACAAAAAUUGCUACGGACUUGAAGACACAUGCACCAAACUAUUGGAUCUGUGAUGGUAUUAUACAGGGACAAUGCAUCAGCAUGGGAUAUUGGCAAUUCUCUGCACAGAAACAUGUGCUUGGAUGUUGA